AUGUGCUGUGUCGCCUGCUCCCAUCCUUUACAAAAACCUAAAUUCUGCACAGCACCGUUUUCUUCAUUCCCAAACGCCACCGUUUUUUUCUUUCUUUUCGUCCUCCGAAGCUUCCAGAAUCACACUGCUGGGAUGUCUGGGGAAGUUUAUGAUGGACAAGAUGCAGGCUACGUGCCUGAGAACCCUGAGUUUCCGCAAAAUGAUGAACAUGAUGGUGGAAAUGUGAUUGAUGACUCAGGGUUUCCGCAACUGCAGCCCGUUGAACAUGAUGUGGCUAAUUUGGCCGUGGAUGCUGAUGUUCCUGAAAAUAAUUUUGAUGGGAAUGAUGGUGAAGGUUUGCCUGAAAACCCUGAUUUUCCUCCGCAAGAGGAAGCUGAGGAACAGCAUGGUGGAGGAGACAUAACUGAGAAUUUUGACUCCGAGGAAAAACAGGGAUCUCAUGAGGAGUUGAAAGGAGGUGAAGUAAAAAAAUGGCCAGGUUGGCCUGGAGAAAAUGUUUUCAGGAUGUUGGUUCCUGUGCAAAAGGUUGGCAGUAUUAUUGGCCGUAAAGGCGAGUUUAUUAGGAAAAUUACUGAAGAGACUAAGGCUCGUAUAAAAAUUCUUGAUGGUCCACCUGGAACUGCAGAAAGAGCUGUAAUGGUUUCUGCGAAAGAAGAGCCAGACCGCAGCAUACCGCCUGCUGUGGAUGGUUUGUUAAGGGUUCAUAAACAAGUGGUCAAUGUAGAGCCUCAUCCUGCCGAUAAUGCAUCAGUUGCAGGACGCACAGUUGUUACAAGGCUUCUAGUGGCAGAUACUCAAGCAGGAAGCCUGAUUGGGAAGCAGGGGUCCACUAUAAAAUCCUUUCAAGAUUCCACAGGUUGCAAUAUACGUGUUCUUGGUUCAGAACACCUGCCAGUUUUUGCUCUCCGAGAUGAUAGUGUUGUUGAAAUACAAGGAGAAUCUUCUGGGGUUCACAAGGCGGUUGAACUUGUUGCAGUUCAUCUACGAAAAUUCUUGGUUGACCGCAGCAUAGUUGGUGUAUUUGAAACACAGUUAUAUGGAUCAUCUUUAUUACCAUUCAUUUUGUGGAUAAUAAUUUUUUAUCUUCCUCCUAAACUUCAGAUGCAAAGGUCAGAUGUUCGAGCAAACCAAAAUGUGCCACAUGGCCCACCACAUCAACCUUGGGGUCCUCCUCAAGGUUUUCCAGCUUCUGGACCUGGUAGUGGUGGGGGACCUGCUUUUCCACCCAAUCCCCAGUAUAUGCCCCCUUCGCAUAACUAUGAUAAUUACUACCCACCUGCUGACCUGCCUGCCAUGGAUAAGCACCUUCAUCAGGGUCCUGCACCUGCCUACGGAAGAGAUGCAUCUAUGGGAAUUCACUCAUCCAGUGCGCAACCACAACAAUCUGUUGUGACUAAGGUCACGCAGCACAUGCAAAUUCCUUUGUCAUAUGCAGAUGCUGUUAUUGGAGCAUCAGGUACAAACAUCAGCUAUAUCCGUCGAGCCAGUGGAGCAAGUAUUACAAUUCAGGAGACCAGGGGUGUACCAGGAGAGAUGACUGUUGAGAUAAGUGGUACUGCUUCACAAAUACAGGCUGCCCAGCAGUUAGUGCAGAAUUUCAUGGCUGAAGCUGCUAGUGCAACUCAGGAUCAUAUGGGGGGAUCGAUGAACCAAGGUUACAAUACCUAUCCUACCAAUGCUCCUGUCUAUGCAUCUCCGCCCUCCAGCGCUGCUGGUCAUGCAGGCCAUGUACCUACUGCAGAUUAUGGACCCGUUUAUGGCACCAAUUAUGGGUAUUGA